UCAUCAAUUUUCAAUUUAUUUAAUCUCCAAGAGUGUUUCUAUUGUAUUAAAUUCAUAGAUUGAUGUUACUUGACUUCUUUCUUUCACUGCUUACUCUCUUCACCCACUAGAAUUCCUCCUUCUCAUCCGAUCAUCUUCUAUUUUCGUAUCAAGGUAGCGAUAAUACGGACACAAGUGAUCACCACAGCUUCGUGCAGGUCCACGUGUAUUACACAGCAGAACAUCUGGUUUUGGUCGUCUUCAUACCUCAUACCUCAUACCUCAUACCUCAUACCUCAGAAACGAACCCUUUCGUACUUCUCGACGUCAUACUCCUGUUGGCUUAUGGAUGUAGCAUUUGCAUGAUUUAUAGUCAUGAUUUGCAUGUGAUCUGAUAGAUCCACCACCCGCAAGCCUUCAACCAAAAAUAUCAUCCUUCUUCCAUUUAUCAGUUCUGUUAUUCAUCACCUCUGGGGUUUAAGACUGUAAGCGGUCUAUCAUGUACGUUUCACCCCUACUUCAAGCCAAUCCACCGUCUUUGGAGCCAUAAUUACUAAACUAUCCUUGCACAGGAAGUUUGGAAAGCAAAUCCAGAAAAGGCAGCUCGAAGUGCCCGAGUAUGCAGCUAGUUUCGUUAAUUAUAAAGCCCUAAAGAAGGUUCGUCCCAACUAUUUUUCAAUCUGCAACCAGGCAUCCAAGCAACGAGCUUCAAGUUUCGAAUCUCGCGGGAGCUUGAUGAAGGGGCAACAUUUACCAUUUACUAACUUCAUAAUAGCUCAUCAAAAAGCUCUCCGCUACACCCAUAAUUCUCGCGCAAAAUGAACUUUACCGUUCGACACCGGUCCUUGAUUCCCAAGCCGCAUUGCAAGCAAACAAAGCUACCUUCUUCUUCCAACUAGUGCGUUGCUCUUUUUUUCCCUUUGGAAAAACAUGUUUUGCUGAUCGUCCCACAGGAACGUGAACUUGAGAAGGUUAAUGCCUUCUACCUUCAAAAAGAAGCUGAGGUGUGUUAUUCACCAAAACUCGACCGAAAACUCACCUGCUGAUGAAAUAUAGCUUAAAAUCCGGCUGAAGACUCUACUAGACAAGAAAAAGGUCCUCCAGACCCGUAGUCAAACUACUUCAAGACGUUCUGCGAAAUUCACCACACUAGAAGAAGGUUUUCAACAGUUCGGCAAUGAUUUGAAUAAGCUGCAACAAUUUGUCGAGGUAAAUGGUAUUGCAUUCUCCAAGAUCCUAAAAAAAUGGGACAAAACUUCCAAAUCAAAAACGAAGGAGCUGUAUCUUUCAAGAGCCGUUGAGGUACAACCAUUCUUCGAUGCGACUGCUAUCAGUGAAUUAUCUGACCAGGCCACCAUGAGCCUACAAGAGCUUGGGGCUUGGUCUGAAGGCGACAAUGUUAGCUUUGACAGAAGCCAAGAACAUGUCGUGAGCAGUCAACACUUACUGGGUACCGACGAAGGUGACGCUGACACCUUAUUAUUGGAAGCUGUAAUUUCCGGAAAUCUAGACUCUUUGAAAGAUCUCCUUCAACGUAUGAAGAUCGCGACCGAUCCUAGUGGUACCAUGGAUAUCGCAUUAAUGGAAAGAAUCACUCGAACAUUCCUUGCAGCUGUCAGUGAAGGCCACAAGCAGUCAUUGCAGCUACUUUUGGAUACUGCCUUGGUUGAUGUACAGUCCGAAGAUGACAUAAAUGAGCGUAAUUGUCUUCAUCAAGCUACGAUUUAUGGUAACAGUUUUGUGUUGAGCGUUGGACUUUCUAAGGGAGUAACGGUCAGCCGAACUGACGUAUAUGGACGUGUACCAUUGCAUUAUGCGUGUAUGCAUGGCCGACUUGAUAUGAUGGAGGAUUUGCUGAAUGGUAUGAUUUUACUUUAACUGCUUCGUUUGUAAAUGCUAAUAAGCUUCGCCUCUCUAGCCGAUCAUUCUACAAUUGAUCUGAUAGAUCACGACAACUACACUCCUCUUAUCCAUGCAAUCAUUCACGGUCAUAUAGAAUGUGCUCAGAGGUUACUUGACCGAUCUGCCAGAAUUGACCCGAUAUCCGAUGCAGAUCAUGUUCCUCUGAAUUUGGCCUGUGAACAUGGCUCUGUCGCAAUUGUUGAACUUCUUCUUCAACACGGUGCCAAAAUCCUUCCAGAUGCCGAAGGACUAUAUCCUCAACAUCUCGUUGCACGAUCUGGUCAGACGCCACAGCUUCUUCUUUUGUUGAAAAGUUAUGGCGCGGAUCUCAAUCAAAUCGACAAACUUUACUCAUGGACACCGCUCUUCCACGCAGCCAGUGAAGGAAACGUACCAUGUAUGCAAACUUUAUUGGAUGUUGGAGUUGAGACCCAUAUUCGUGACGAAAAGGAUCUUUCUGCUAUGUAUUAUGCGGCAUGGGAAGGAUAUUUGGAGUGUAUGAGACUCUUGUCCUUAAUUCCACAAUCGUCCAGAGAUGAAAAGGCUAUUUCAGUUCCAAUUAUCGCACCCACGAUGGGAAGCAGUGCUCCUAUGCCAAUGAGCAUUGAUGCUGAUGGUAUCCCAGAUUUGGAAUUACCACCUCCCAUUAUUCCAUUACGACGAUAUGGUCAUAAUUUCCUUGAUACAAAAACCUUCAUUCAAAUCAGCUUUGUGGAAGAAAAUGGGGAGCAACCGAUGAUCUUCUUUCAUGACAGCAAAUAUCCUGCAGCGCGCCUCACUAUUUCUUCCAAACUUUCAGACUUGAUCCCCAAGAAUAUUUUACUCCCAUUCCAAGAAGAUACCCGACUUGUUUCAUUUCAAAUUGAUAAUUUAGAAUCUUUCGCCAUCGAUUUCGAUGUCUUUCCUACAUAUGGUGCCAAAGUCAUUGCAAAGACUGUCGCAUUACCUAGUACCUUUCGAGCACUAGAAAGCAGUUCCGGUCGUUGUUGCUUACCUUUAUUUGAUCCACGCUUAAGAGCUAUCGGACAAAUUACCUUCAAUUUCCAAGUAAUCAAACCAUUUCAAGGCAAACCACUGGAAAUCACAGAUUUCGAAACCUAUUGGAAAGCUACGAGUCAAUUUGACUCUAGACCGAGUGCUUUUAUUACUGGAUCAAGUUUGUCGGGAGACUAUAUCCAACUUUUUGUCCAACACACGUGUGAUGGAGUCCCAGUUCUUUGGCCACGUUGGAACAUUAUCUACAGCAAUAUUGAAUUUCCAGUUUGUCGUCUAACUUAUGCUCAAUUCAUAAGUGCUGGAUCAACUCAAAGUAGAUUAGCCAAAGAUCUAUCUGCUUUACCUGGGAUGCCAUUGGAAAAUAUUACCGAGAUUCAUGCCGUACUCGCGGAAUCUGCUGUAUCUCUCGAAGAUGCACUUUCCUUACUCCCAAAAGGCAUGCAUGCUAAUCUCCAAAUCUUGUAUCCAACUUUGGAAGAAGAAAAACGCAUGCAAUUGAGCCCCACCGUAAACAUCAACGCGUUUGGUGACUCCAUCCUCACAGUAGUUUUUGACCACGCGAGAACUCUCCGAGAAAGAUCUCCGGAUGCAAUGAGGUCGAUCGUUUUUAGUUCAUACAACCCUACCAUCUGCACAACCCUCAAUUGGAAACAACCUAACUACCCAGUGUUCUUGUGCAAUGAUCUAGGCCGUGAAGGGGAGCGGAGUCAGCAUAUGGAGGUGGAAAUUAGUGGAAGGAGAACCACUUCUAUUAAAGAAUCGGUCAGGCUUGCGAAGAAUAACAAUUUCAUGGGUUUGAUUUGUUCUUCUAGACUUUUGGUAAGUUAUUUCAGCAACCUGAGACAUCCAUCAUAUCUCACCGUCUACCUUUAUUUGCUUUAUCAUUAAAGUUUGAAUUCAUUGACUAACAAAUAAUAGGAUAUGGUACCAGCAUUAAUCGAAGCAAUCAAAUCACAAGGACUCGUACUAGUGAUUGACAAAUCCGCAGAGCCGAUAGAUGAGAAGAAAUCCUAUAAUGAUCCGUUCCCACGAUUACCGGAUGGAGUCGAUGGGGUUUUGAAGGUAAAUGGUGUCUUGAGAUUCAAUGAAAGUAUUGAUAUGUAGAUAAUCGGGUAUAAUAAUAGCUUAGAUGAUGGGAUUGCUGGGGAUUUAUGGGUGGGAGUUUAGUUCUAAUUGGAGGAAUCCAGAUCUAAGAAUUAAAAAAACUAUUUUCUGAAACAUUUGGGUUGUGAUAUCUCAUCUGC